AAUUUCAUUCACUGGUUUCAGUUCCUCACACUUCAUGGAGAGUCAACUGCGCUACGACACAAGUGUCAGCACCAUCCUCAGAAACAACCUGCCUUCCGCUAACUUGACAACCAAUUCAGUCAACACGACAUACACUGUCAGUGUAUUUGGAGGGUGCGAACAAAUGGUGAGUGGUAUCAUGUUUGACCUAACUAUGCAAUCCUUCAAUGUGAUCAUAGGAAUACCUGCCAACAUCCUGGUCAUCGCAAACCUUAUAAGCACCCGAAAUGAUCCUUUAACUUCUGACAUCUUCCUGGGCUGCCUGGCUUUCAUGGACGCCUACUUUGGAUUCAUGACAAUAAUAUCAUUCCUCAAUCUCUACCACUGGAGGAGUGCUAUGGCUUGGAUGGCUUUAAAGUUCUCCUAUGGUGUGAAGGACACCAGUGGGCCGCUCUUCCUCUCCUGCGUCUGUCUGGAUCGCUUUAUAGCCGUUCUCUUCCCCAUCGCAUUCGGACAAUUGAAGGACAUCAAAUACAGGAUCGGUCUGACCAUUGUGAUUCUACUGCUCACUUUUGCUUACGCUUCGGCCAAAACUGUUGGAGGAAUCCACAAUUUUGAGAAGGUGUUCACUGGUGAGGUCUUGUUUGCCUUCACCUGGAUGGUGGUGUGUAACGUGGCCAUUCUCUGGGCCCUGAAACGCUCAAGAGGUUCUGGUAAAGAUGAGAUGAAUCCUAUGAAACGACGAGCCUUUAAGAUGGUGCUGUCUAUCUUGAUCAUAAUCAUAAGCAACUAUCUCCCUCCAGUUGCUAUGUUCCCAUUUGAAGACCAUUAUUCACAUCAGGUCUUCACUUGCUAUGUGCAGCCAGUCUGUUUUGCCUUUGUAAACAUCAGCAGCACUAUCCAGCCUUUAACUUACUUGUCCCGCUUAGAGAAAGUGCCAUUCUUACCUGAAUCUUGUGUGAAGAAGUUAAGCUGUAAGGAAAAAGACAAGCCCUCAAAUGAAUGACAUCCUAUAGCAAUAACAUGCUGUUAAAACUAUUUAACAUGCUACUAUAGUAGUAACUGAAAUACCAUAGCUCUGCAUUUUGCUUCUUAUACCUAUAAUAAUCAUUGAACCUAUUAUAAAAACAACUUGGAUAUUUGUAGCAAAAAAUAUAUAUUGUACUGGAGGUUUUAGACUCUAUUUCAGUUAUGUCUUUGAACUGCAACACUGAAUGUUUUUUUGUUUUUAACCAUGCUACAUUAUAUGCAGUUAUACAUAGGAUAUAUCUUUCUAAGCAUUAAUAUUUAACUAUAUUACAGCAGAGUUUAACUUUGUUUGCAU